AUGGGCGGCGAGAUGAAGCUCGGGAGUAGGGGUCUCAAGAGCUGGGCGCAGCGCCACCUCAACGUCGGCUUCGCCGUCGGCUUCCUCCUCGUGCUGCUCACCUACCUCGUCGUCUCCGGGCAGCUCGCCGUCACCGCACCCGACGCUGUCGCUACGAAAGCGCCGCGGGUGGCGGAUAAGCAGGUGAUCGUCAGAGCCGCCGGGGAUGAUGCAGAUGGCGCGAGCAAAAGGCAGUCAAAAGAGGCGGCGGAGGAGGAGGAUACGUCCGGUACCGUCCCAACGGAGGAGUCUCCGAAAACAGACGAGGCCGACGCCAAACCGUCCGCAGAGACGACGACGACGAGCAAGGCCGUGUGCAACACGGACGGCCCCGUCUCCGAGACCUGCGAGCUGGACGGCGACGUCCGCACCAACGGCAGCGCUCGAUCGGUGACCUUCGUCCCGGCGAGCCCGUCGUCGGAGCGCCGGGAGUGGAAGGUGCGGCCGUACUCGCGCCGGACCAUGUCGAGCGUCGACAGGGUCACCGUGACGCAGCUGGAGUCGUCCCCGCAGCAGGACCCGGCGGCGUCGCCCGCGGCGUGCGCGGUGACCCACAACGUGCCGGCCGUGCUGUUCGCGCUCGGCGGGCUGACGGGCAACUACUGGCACGACUUCAGCGACGUGCUGGUGCCGCUGUACGCCGCGUCGCGGCGGUACAAGGGCGAGGUCCUGUUCCUGGUCAGCAACCUCCAGCCGUGGUGGCUGGGCAAGUACGAGGCCGUCGUGCGCGCGCUGUCCAGGUACGACGCAGUGGACCUGGACCGGGACGCGCGGGUGCGCUGCUUCCGCCACCUCACCGUGGGCCUGCGCCUGCACAAGGAGCUCAGCAUCGUGCCGGACCUGGCGCCGGACCGCCUGACCAUGGCCGACUUCACGGCGUUCCUGCGCGAGACGUACGCGCUCCCGCGCGGCGCGCCGGUGAUCCCCACGGCGGAGAGGAAGCCGCGGCUGCUGCUGAUCCACCGCGCGCACUACCGCCGGUUCGUGAACGUGCCGGAGAUCAGGCGUGCGGCGGAGUCGGCGGGGUUCGAGGUGUCUGUGGCGAGCCCGCGCGGGGACGCGCCCGUGGAGGAGACGGCGCAGAUGGUGAACUCGCACGACGUGCUGCUGGGCGUGCACGGCGCCGGGCUGACGAACGCCGUGUUCCUCCCCGCCGGCGGCGUGGUGAUCCAGGUGGUGCCGUACGGGCGGCUGGAGCGCAUGGCGCGGACCGACUUCGGGGAGCCCGUGGCGGACAUGGGCCUGCGCUACCUGGAGUACAGCGUGGCCGCGGAGGAGAGCACGCUGCUGGAGAUGCUGGGGCCGGACCACCCGGUGAUCAAGGACCCGGACUCCGUGCACCGCAGCGGAUGGGACAAGGUCGCCGAGUACUACCUCGGGAAGCAGGACGUGCGCGUCGACGUCAACCGCUUCGCGCCCACGCUUGCGCAGGCCAUGGACCACCUGCGGCAGUGA